CAACGCAGUACACAGUGCUGUCCCGAGCGGCUCGCGCUAUGUGCUUCGGCAAGGCAGAGACGCUGGUUAACUGCUCUUUUGGAACAUGUCAACAGAGGAAACUCUUUCCUCACCAUUAUCCCCGAAACUUAUUGGGGAACAAGUUUCUACCUCUUAGGGGAGCUCCCCAUAGAGGACCAGGAUGUUACAUAACAGAAGAUAGGUAUGGCUUGGCAUACAACCUCUCUAAGAUCCCAACCAGUAGAAGAGGAUAUGCUUUUGGAGCCAGAACAGACGUGAGGUUUAAGUCAAUCAACAAGGAUGUUACACCUUACCCAGGCAUGUACCAGGCAGCAAAUCCUCCAGAGGAAAAACAAAUACAAUGUUUUGCUCCAUUUAAUGUCUUGAUGCCUCGAUUUAGGAAGUACCCAAAAGACACUUAUUAUCCUGGCCCUGGCACAUAUAAUCCAGAGAUAAAACCACCUCGAAAAAUCAUUUGGCCAAUGAAAUUUGGAUCUCCAGACUGGGCUCAGGUUCCACAUCUACAGAAAAGAACCCUCAAAGCUGAGCUGUCCACAGACAAAGACUUUAGGAAGCACCGGAAUCGUGUGGCUUACUUAAGUCUGUAUUACAACUGAGAGGUGGUGACUGCAUUCAUGUGCUCCCUCCUAACUGCAGAAUCUCCAGGAUCCAGGAGAGAGCUACCCUUCCCUUUACAUUUCUGCGGCCCUCUUCCCUGCCAGCAUGGGGCCCAGGGAGGGGCAAGGGGCUCACAACUGCUGUCUGAGAGCAUAAAAAACAGCUGUGUUCUAUCUUCCUGUGCUCUGUGGUAUGUACAUAGGUAGACGGGUCUGGAGGUUCUGGUUGGGUAUUCCAUGGGACAGCUUCCUUUCAGUGAAAUCUUGCCCUCUAGCUCUGAUACCCAGAUACCAAUUUUAAAUAUUCUGCCGCUGUCCCUGGCAAGAGGAGGCUGUUGGCUUAUAUCUAUCAAGGAUUUGAUGGGAUUUGGGCUUGCUUGGGCUUGUAUCUUGCCUUGCUAGAUACAGAGGAUACGUAAAGGUAGGGUAAAACAUUUAAGUUUUAAGAGGUCUUCCAAACUUCUGAGUUUCCCAGUGUGAUGUGGGAAAGUCCUGAUUUGGUUGCCUUUUCCAGAUUGAUGUAAAACUCAUAGAACCAAAAACUUCCCCCUUUCCAUUAUAUUAACUACAUAUAUCUAUUAAACAUGUAUUUAUUGAGUUCCUAAUACGUAUCAAUAGAGUGGUUAGCACUGGGGAUAUAGCAGUCAUCAAAAUAAACUCAUCUACUGGCUCACUGGGUCUGUGUUCUAGUAUGAGAAGGACUCCCUAAGGUGCUGGUGGCUUAGGCGUCCCUUCCCAAUCUUAAUGGCCCCCCUGAACCCUUGCAAAUGAGUCUGGAGGUGAAAAGGUCAGAACUCAACCAGCCACAUUCAAAUCCUUAUCCAGACACUCUGGCCUAAUAGGUAGGCCCCUUUUCCUUCCAACAUUAACUGAAUUAACUCAAGUAGAGUUUCUUCAGGAUGGGCACUAAGUGUAGUCUACCUUGUUUUGAAUGAAAAGGUCAUUUAGUGCUCACUUACACUUCUUAGUAAUUACCAAAAAGGUGGCAAGUCUGCACCUGUCUGAAUACCAAAAAGUGAGAAACAGCUAGUGGCUGCAGGAAAGCUCAAUACUUUUCCAUUGCUGGUUGAUUUACAGGCAUGUGUGGCUCUAGCCCACUGUAAUCCCUAAGGCCAGCCAGUGGGAAGUGUGAGCUGGAAAAAGGGGCAGGAAGAGGGGAAACCUCUGGGCUUAUGAUGCUGAAGGACCUGAUUCCUUAAGGGUCGAUAAUAGUGGCAAAAUAAAAGUGGUGAUGGAUGAAAAAGUAUUGGGAAAUCAAAUUGGAAUAUUAAGAUAAUGAUAAGGGUACCUCAGACUAGAAACUUUGGGCAAAUACUUAGGUUUCUUUUAAUCUGAUGUGCAGCCGGAUCUCUGUUGUCUUGUCAAGAGGUGUUAAUGAUUUAAGAAGACUCGGGAUUAAUUCUUAUCACCUCUCCUACAUACCUCCUGCCCUUUGCUCCUUGGGUCCAUAGUGUGUGUGUACACGCCCCCCUCCACCCCCACAGGCAUGUGGUCUGUUUUUAUUUUUUUUUUGUUUUCAGGGGGAAAGUGAUAAUUUAUCAUUCAUUUAUUUGUUUCUGACUCAGGGUCUGGUCCCCUUUUUUGGAGACAGAGAUCACAAUUGACUUUGACACUGAUGUUUGGUACAUAUGCUCAAGCCUUUCCCCAGGGAGGAGAACUUUAUUUUCUAAAUUAAUAAUCUGGUUUGAUAAAAAUAAAAAUUUUACUAUGGUUUCAGUUAACCUUAAGGGUCUCUUAAAACACUAAAUUGUAUACACAAAUACUUCAGAAAGAGUAUAAAUGAAUACAAAAAUAUAAAAUACUGUGCCAUAUUUAUUUUACAUGUGGAUUUGGUUCAAGGGGUUAAAGUGUUUUUAGGUUUUACCAGAGCAAAACCUUAUGAUAAUGCUAUUUUAGUAGAUUAGGAUUACCCAUGUGACAAAUUGAUAUGAUAUAUAGAUUACAUGCACUAUUGGGGAAAGUAGUUUGACAUGUAGGACAAGAGAAUCUGGGGCAAAGAUGUUACCACACUUUUCAUUUAAGGCCAAUUGCAACACUUGCAGUUCUGGUCAAAGACCAGACCCUGGGCACACUGAAGGUGGAAGGACCUGCCUCCCGCACACUGGUAGAAUUCAGUCUUGUCUUCAGGAUCACCAUAGAUGCCAUCUGCUUUACCAGUACAGAAACCUCCAUCUUCUCCAUUGCUGCCCCCAUCACCACCGCCUUCUCCACCGCUGCCACCACCUCCACCAUUGGUAGCACAGAAGCCACUUCUUGGUAUCACAGGUUGGUUAUACCAGGUAGUGGUGGCUGGUGGGAUACAUUCUAAAAGAGCAAACGAGCAUUUCAGAGCACUUAUCAUAAACUGUUUUCAUAAGUAGAAGUAGUAGCCUAUAGACUUUCCCCUAUCGAGUUCUGUUCUCAAAGAAUUUGUGCCCUGUGAGGGUUCUGAGUUGUAGUUGGGAAGAAUGCUACAAGGAGGCAAAUGCUCAAAGCAGGGGUGGGGGGGGGGGGGCA